AUGGACGGCCCUACCCGGACUACAACCAGACUCUCUUCUUUCCACAGCCUCACCGUCAAUGAUGAAGCCACUACCAGCGACCAUGCUAAUCUCGCUCUCAUCCCUUCGUCCUCGUCAAGAGCAAGUUCCGUCACUGUCAAUGUACAAGAUGCCUACGCCCAACUCCAGCCCACAGUGCGCACACACGGCUGGAAGCCCGAGACGAUGCAGCCCACCGUGCUCCUCGCCCUCGCCCUUCGCCUCCGUCCUCCUCGCCGCGCGCUGCUCGAGACUCUCGCCCAAAAGAGCGCAGCCGACGGUGCACUCUGCCUCGUCUACGCAGCAGCCGACCUUUCCCCACUCGCGCAUCUAUACCUGCCAACCUUUACCGCCGUCUUGUACAGCUUGGGCGUGGAACUGGGUCGACCUCGACGUGAAGCGCAUGCAGCCCUGGCUGCAGCUCUCCCAGCCCGAGGGCGCGACGGGACGGGCUCGUUGUUCUUUGGACUAUCCGGUGAACCUUUGCCACCGACCGCGCUCAGCCAAGCCGUUCCUGAACCGCGGCUACGCCAUCACCUGGCUCAACCAGGACUUGCCGGCCUUUACAACGCCGCAGUACGCUCUUCGUCCCUUUUCACCAUCGCCGUCAUUGGCCCCCUCGCCGGCCCAGCGCGUCGACAAACUGGACCGAUCGUGCAGACGCCCGACCCCAUGCCGCCACGCAACGGCCCCGUCAAGAUGAGCUUCCUCGACGGCCGCGGCUGCAACGCCACGGACAUUGUGCCGCACCCGGCCGCGUGGGCCGACCAGUCGCGCUCCAAGGGCCUGGCUGCCGGCCGCACCGCCUGGAACACCUUUCUCGCCACGUGGGGCACAUUAUUCCCGGUUAUCCAAUGGUGUCCAUUGGCCACCCGCUCUCGCCGAUGGGUGGGCUUUGCGCCGGGCUACUACACCGCGAGCAUCGCCCAGUACGCGGCGGACCUGCGCGUCAUGACCGAGGCCUACACUGCUGUGCACAAGAUGCUCUUCUCCGUCGCCUACGCCCAGCUUCUAGUCGACAAGCCCCCCCCCCCCCCCGCCGCCGCCGACGAGCAGAAGGAGAGGAGAGUUUGUCCAAAGGGCGCGUCUUCACAGCGCGGUACGGCGUCGUGGUCAACUGCACGUUUUCGGCGCUGGUCGAGGGUUUUUCUCGGCUUCGUCGCCAUGCUGGCGCUGCUGCUGCUGCUGCUUAGAGUGUGUCGCGGGAGCGCCUGCAUGCUGUCCGGGGGGAGGCCGUCGUCGCUGCAGGCCAAUGGUCGAGCUGGCGCGAAACAGCAGCGGCGGGGAGCCUUCAGGAUGUGUUCUCAUGCGGACAGGUCACAUGCGGGACGAGGAGCUCAGGCUGAGGCUGGGGGGGCAAAGGCGAUACGAGACCAAGGAAGCUUGGCAUGGUUGCGUUUCCGCACAUCAUCAACCAAAAAGGAGAGCUAG